AGAAAAAAAAAACAAAAAAUAGAGAAUCUUUAGUUUCGUCUCAUUUCUUCGUUGACAGAACAACAGAAACUAGGGUUCACUUCGAUUCUCAUUCUCUUCUCUGUAUCGUGUAUUUUUAAAGAUCUGAUUGAAAUUAGUCUCUGGGCUCCUUAUGGGUAAAGCUCGGAUCUAGAGUCUCAGGUGAAAGACCUCUACUUUUUGCUCUCUCAUCUUAAUCUCUUCCUUUUCUUUUUGGGCUGGUCUUUGGUGGGAGGAUAUACAAUAGAAUUGGGGGUUAGAGAGUGUCAGAAUUGUAAUUCUUGGAGUAUUUUGCUUUACUGUUUGAUCGAGUUUUUGGUCUUAGUAUCAUGGGUUUUAUGUGGGUUCAGGGGAGAAUAUAUAGUUAGCUCAAGAAACUGAGGGAUCUACUUACUUGUAGCUGAAUUUUGAUUCGGUUCUGGACUCAUUAGUUGGGUAGUGAUUAGUUAUAACUUUCAGGAUUGGAAUUGAGAUAGUAGUAUAUAUAGUAUUGGAGUUUUAGAGUGUGGAGAUGGAUAGGCCAAGGCCAAAUGAUCAUUUGGGUGUGAAUAAAACUGGGAAGAGUAUAAGAAAGAGUCCUCUGCAUCAAUCGAGUUUUGCUUCAAAUGUUCACAACAACGCCACCACCGCUGGGAGACCUCAAAACCAGCCUCAGGUUUAUAACAUAAGCAAAAACGACUUUAGAAGUAUCGUUCAGCAGCUAACUGGUUCUCCAGCACGUGAAAGCCUUCCUCGCCCUCCUCAGAACAACAACCCACCAAAGCCUCAGAAUACUCGGUUGCAUCGGAUUAGACCAGCUCCUUUAACGCAGAUCAACCGGCCUGCGGUUCCUCUCCCUACCAUGGUUCCUCCACCAUCUCAUCCGCAGUUUGCUAGACCGCCUCCACCCCAGCCACCUUUCCCUCAAGGCACACAACAACCAAUGAUGAUGGGUCACGGGGACCAGUUUUGGUCUAAUACAGCUGAGUCUCCUGUCUCUGAGUAUAUGCGUUAUCUUCAAAGCUCACUUGGGAAUCCAGGACCUAGUGGUAACCAAAUGCAGCCAGGUCAUGAGCAGCGGCCAUAUGUUCCGGGUCAUGAGCAGCAGCCAUAUGUCCCAAGUCAUGAGCAGCGGCCAUAUAGCCAAGGAUAUGAGCAUCAGCCAUAUAUGCCCCAUCAGCCUCAGCCUCAAUCACAACCUCAACCUCAGCCACAUAUGAUGCCUGGAUCGCAACCUCGAGUGAAUAUGCAGGGGCCACUUCAACCUAACCAGUAUGUACCACCACCGGGUUUAGUUCCUAGCCCAGUGCCUCGUAAUCUACCUUCCCCUCGGUUCAAUGCUCCUGUACCUGUCACCCCAACUCUACCGUCUCCCAGGUUCAACCAGAUGUAUGGUGGAUUUCCUUCUCCCCGAUAUAAUGGUUUCGGGCCACUACACUCACCCACAUCCCAGUUUCUUCUACCAUCACCUACUGGUUACCCGAAUAUGUUCUCUCCCAGAUCACCUUACCCGUUACUAUCACCAGGAGUUCAGUAUCCUCAACCACUCACCCCAAACUUCUCAUUUUCACAAAUUCCUCAACCUGGGAGUCUUGGAACCGGUGCAGGUCCAGGUCCAGGUCCUGGUCUGCCUCCUCCUUCGCCAGGGGCCAUGUUCCCGUUAUCUCCAUCCGGGUUCUUUCCGGUUUCAAGUCCAAGAUGGAGUGAUUAUUAGAUGCUCUGUUUUCUCUCUUCCUCAAUUCAUUGAAUUUUAAAGUAAAUCACAACAUGCGUAUUCAAGUCUCCCUAGGUUGUUAGUCUGUACUAUGAAAGAAGCUUUAUACUUCAGAGCCUAUAGUGGAAUAGACGCAGCAGAGUAGAGGCGUAAAACACUAAAGGAGCUUUUUUUUAGAAGCAGUGAAGAUUUAUAGGGUUUUUUUUUUUUCACUGGGAUUUUUAUAGGUCAAAAGUUGGGAAUCUUGGGACAUGAUGACUACCUUUGUUUUUGUUUGUUACAUUAUAAGUUUUAUCUUUGGUUAAUUUGUACACAGACUACAGACGAACUCAGUCAGUUUAUAUGAUUUUUGGGUGAUUUCAAAGC